CCUGCCGGGAGUCGCGCGGCCCAGGCCCCGAGGCGGCUCGCGCGGGCGGGGGUGUCGCAGAACGACUCGCCGCCGAUGGCUCGCUCGGGGCGGCCAGACACGCUGCUCCAGCCGCUGGCCGGGCCCCCCCCUUCCCGUCCCCCGUCAUCGAAAUCAGCAGCCCGGGCCGGGGGCGGGCGCUCAAAGGUGUAAGACUUUAGGCGCAACUUUGCAGUGUGGCUGUGCAUAAAGUUGGGCUUCUACAUCUGUCGUCAGUCGCUCAACUAGCCUGGGACUGGGUCACUUCGCAAAGGUGCUGACCCCCCCCCCCCCCCGCCAGUCCCGCGGAGGUCUGGAAAGCGCACGGGUGCGUCACCCCUGUGAGAUCGGGUGCCUUUUGCUUACAUCUUUAAAUUUGGUUUGGGGGGUUAAUUUUAGGAAGAUUGUAGCUCCGGGGUAUUGUAUGUGGCAGCGAUCUCACUGGUAACAAGCAAGUUAUUGCAGCUUCCACGUUGUUGACAGGGAAAGUGGUGGCUCCCGUGGAAUACAUCCAGCGCCUUAGAGAUGGAAAUUCCCAAAUCCCCUCUAGGCUGUAUUGCCAUAGGAGAUCGCACCAGUAGUCCCUCUAAUCAGAUACUCAGUCUGUCGGUGUCCAUACCCAGUUACUUCAGAGGAAGGUGGAAGAAGCCCUGUAAAGGACAGUUUCUGGAUACCUUUACAAUUAUCCCUUUGAAGAUGAUAUACUUGUCUCUAUGGAAUCAUUGACUUACGAUACACCCAUUGGACCACAGCUAUGGGGUGAUAUGUCAGAAAAAAGCAUUAACGAAUGGAAGAAAAAAUUACAUAAGAAGGCCACACAAUGUCAAAAAACCACAGAAACACGAAAGCAAUGGAUCUCUGAUUUUGAAGAUGAAGAUUUAAAAGUACAUCAGGAACCUGCUAGGAAAUCCUUUAUAGACUCCUAUGAAGAGAUUCAAGUUGCUGACACGGAUACAGAACAUGAAGCUGAUUUGGUUUCGAUUAGAAGAAAAUUUGAAAAUGUUAACCUCAAGGAGGACAUUCUGCUUGUAAACCCUUCUGAGCUGGAAAUGAGAGAGAAAGUCAGAGUUCGUGUGGAUGUGAUAGUACAAGAUGAUGAAAGAAAUAUCCCUAAAUGGAUUAUGGUUGCACCUGGAGAAAAAUCAAAGCAUCUUCACAUAACAUCUCCAUGGCAAGACUUGAUGGGUAUGACUAAAUCUCCAGUUGAAGAUAAGAUAACUCUACCCAGACAUAAACCUUUCCUGGAAAAAAAUGAAACGGGCUAUGAUAGCUUCAUGGAAGAUUAUCAGUCUGCAAAUGAAGAAUGUUCCUGGAACAAUGUCACACUUGCAGAUUUGUAUCCAGGAAUGGUAGAGACACUUAGCAAGUUGAUGAACAAACACUCUCAGAAAAAAGCAGCUGAUUCCAUAAUCAGACACUACAAACACAGAAGAUGGCCUCCUAGAAAAUCAAAGCUUAAUGUCACCAUAGAAAGAAUAAGAAGGUUCAGGACAUCUGAAUUGAAGCCUAUGCUGCCUAACACAAAUAGUAAUGAUCAUAAAUUGCCUGUUGGAAAUAAUUUAAAUGAAAGUAACCAACUUCUUCAUAAUGGCAAAUGUCAGACACAGUGUGUGACUAAUGCUGAAUCUGGUGUGGUAUCUUACCCACAUGUUAAUACAAGUGAAAUGGAAAUAGAUUGGCCUGAAAAUUUAGAAGAUAAUUCAUACAUUCAAAGAAUAGACCAAAACAUCUCAGAGUCUGUUUUUCCAGAUGUUACUGCUAGAACAGAAGAAACAUUUCUAACUGAGAGUCCACCUCAGACCACCAUGUCUUUACAUGAUUCAAAAGGCAGCCCAAAUGGGAAGCUGCCUGAAGUACUUUCUCUGGGAUGCUCUUCUGUAACUUGCACAACAGCUCCUUAUCUAGUGAAAGACAGCAAGAACGACAAAAUUGACAAUACAACUUCCGAUGGUACAUCAGGGUUCCAUUUGUCCACUUGCAACUUGAAUGAUGAUGCUAAUACCUUUCCACCACUUAACAGAUAUUCUCUAGUAAGAACAUCAAAUGCAUCAAUCAGAAAUCCUGAAAUAAAAACUUUCAGGGGAGAUAUUUCACUGCAGCGCAGUUAUUCUUUUUCCUCACUUCCUGUGAAUCAAAGUCCAGUCAAGACUCGCCAGAAAUGUGAAGAUGAAUUUGAGAAACUUUACCAGAAGCUGUGCCCCAAAGAACUUCAGAAACCUCUUAAGAUUAGAAAGCCUCCUUCAAACCCUAAAGAAAAAGAGAGACUAAUCAAGUCUUACUUCUGUAAUUCUGUAAAGUCUCAUAAAAAUUAUGAUAGUGCAUUUGACGAGGUUUAUCAGAGAUUGUGUUCCGAAGGGUUUCCAAAACUGCCCACAUUUCUGAGAGCUUCGAACUUAAGGAAAUAUGAAGGCAUACAGAUGUCAGAAACUGUAAAUGCUUUAAUUAACUCACCCAUACGAACUUUACCUUCAGUUACCAGAAUUAAAAGACUAGCAGAUUUCCAUAGUGAAGAUCUUUUGUCUUCACCUGUAAAGAGACUGAAAAAUAUACCUGAAGAUUUUCUAACUAGAGCAAGUAAUCAGUCUCCUCACAGAAAAAAUAUUAAUACUCAGACAUCUGGCCUGGAUUUCUCAAGUGUGAUGGAUGGGAUUGUUCCUGGCAUAUUUGAUAUCCCUAAUUGUCAAAGUCAGGCAUCUGAAAACUUUGAUUCUGGGUUUCAUACGUCUUCAAAUCACACUUAUCCAGUUAGUCCAAGUUCGUUUGUGCAAGAAUCCAGGAUUGCAAAUGUCUAUGCAAGUAUGCCUAGAACAUUGCAAAGUAAUGGCUCAUGCAGAAGUGCACAAAAAUAUUAACAAAGGGUAUCCAGAAAACUCAGCUACAAUGAUGGGAGAGAGAAAAGCUCAGGUGUUCUUUUGGAAGACUUCAUCGCUAAAGAUACGGAAAGAGCAUUUCUGGAAGGCUACAGAGAAAAUAUUAUUUUAUAAAUUUGUAAAGACAUCAAAGACAUUUUAAUUAACCAUUGCAAUCUGAAAAUUGCAUUUUUUGAUAGGGAGAGAGCUGAGGAAUAGUGCUCUAGUAUAUAGUUAGUCCUGCUAUGUACGUUCCCUCUCAUCCAAAAUAAUUCCUUGGAGACCAGCUUCGCCUUCAGCCAAGGUGGGCUUGGCACCUUUCCUUAAUGAGGAGUCAUUCAUUUGGCCCCAGAAGUCCACUGGAGGGAAUCAAAAUUCCGUCUUUGGACUGACUUAUUUGUUAAACUUUUAUAUUUAGUAGUGUUUGUCAUAAUAGAUGUUUGUGAUUUGCAUUUCUUUCUGUUUGCUUACAGACAUGGAUUUUAAUAUGCUAAUAAUAAUGUACAUUGGCUUUGUAUUCCAUCAGAAUUCCUAGCCUCUCCUGUGCGCUCCUGCUUUAUAUUUGCACAUUAUUAAGCUCCUGGAAACACUGGUCUGGAAGGUCCAAAUGUAGUAUAAUGUAUUAUGACUUUGUAAUAUGGCUGUACUAUCAGAUUUGAGGUUUUAAUGUUUAAUUUUCAAUUUAUUUCAUCAUAAAUCUUAAUUGCUUAAUAAAUUUUUUAUACAUUAUUGGAUUUGGCAGUUUUUUAUAAAGUGUAAUAGAUUAUAUUUUACUAAAUUUAGGGCUGUCGAACGAUUAAUUUUUUUAAUCGCAAUCACACGAUUAAAAAAAUUAAUUGCAUUGUUAAGCAAUAACAGAAUACCAUUUAUUUAAAUAUUUUCACAUGUUUUCUACAUUUUCAAAUAUGUUGAUUCCAAUUACAGCACAGAAUCUGAAGUGUACAGUGCUCACUUUAUAUUUAUUUUUUAUUACAAAUAUUUGUAUAUUUUUCAAUUCACCUAAUACAAAUACUGUAGUGCAAUCUUUUAAUCAUGAAAGUUGAAUUUACAAAUGUGGAAUUAUGUACAAAAAAACUGCAUUCAAAAAUAAUGUAAAACUUGAGCCUAAAAGUCCACUCAGCCCUAUUUCUUGUUCAGCCAAUCACUCAGACAAACAAGUUUAUUUACCUUUGGAGGAGAUAAUGCUGCCUGCUUCUUGUUUACAAUGUCACCUGAAAGUGAGAGCAGCUGUUCUCAUGGUACUGUUGUAGCCGGCGUCACAAGAUAUUUACGUGCCAGAUGUGCUAAAGAUUCAUGUCCCUUCAUGCUUCAUCCACCAUUCCAGAGGACAUGCAUUCAUGCUGACGAUGGUUUCUGCUCGAUAACAAUCCGAAGCAGUCUGGACUGAUGCAUGUUUAUUUUCAUCAUCUGAGUCAGAUGCCACUAGCAGACUGAUUUUCUUAUUUGGUGGUUCGGGUUCUGUAGAUUCUGCAUGGAGUGUUGCUCUUUUAAGACUUUUGAAAGCAUGCUCCACACAUCGUCAGUCUCAGAUUUUGGAAGGUACUUCAGAUUCUUAAACCUUGGGUCAAGUGCUGUAGCUGUCUUUAGAAAUCUCACAUUGGUAACUUCUUUGCAUUUUGUGAAAUCUGCAGUUGAAGUGUUCUUAAAAUGAACAACAUGUGCUGGGUCAUCAUCUGAAAACUGCUAUAACGUGAAAUAUAUGGCAGAAUGCGGGUAACACAGAGCAGGAGUCAUACAAUUCUCCCCCAAGGAGUUCAGUCACAACUGUAAUUAGCGCAUUAUUUUUUUAACAUGCAUCAUCAGCAUGGAAGCAUGUCCUCUGGAAUGGUGGCUGAAGCAUGAAGGGACAUAUGAAUGUUUAGCGUAUCUGGCAUGAAAAUACCAGCUACAAAAGUGUCAUGCGAAUGCCUGUUCUCACUUUCAGGUGACAUUGUAAAUAAGUGGGCAGCAUUAUCUCCCGUAAAUGUAAACAAACUUGUUUGUCUUAGCGAUUGGCAGAAUCAGAAGUAGGAGUGAGUGGACUUGUAGGCGUUAAUGUUUUGCAUUGCUUUGUUUUUUAAUGCAGUUGUGUAACAAAAAAAAUCUACAUUUAUAAGUUGCAUUUUCACCAUAAAGAGAUUGCAAUUCAGUACUUGUAGGAGAUGAACUGAAAAAUGUAUAUCAUUUUUACAGUGCAAAUAUUUUUAAUAAAAAAUAAUGUAAAGUGAACAGUACACUUUGUAUUCUGUGUCGUAAUUGGAAUCCAUAUAUUUGAAUAUAUAGAAAACAUCCAAAAAAUUAAUAAAUUUCAAUUGGUAUUCUAUUGUUUAACGGUGCGAUUAAAACUGCGAUUAAUCACGAUUAAUUUUUGUGUGUUAAUCACGUGAGUUAACUGCCAUUAAUUGACAGCACUGCUAAAUAUAAACUUGGUGUUGCAAUUUCAUCAUUCCCAGUCUUACAAAUGACAAUUUCCUCAUGAUAAUGUAAUGUAAUAAGGGUCCAUAUACUCUAAAGCACAGAAAAAAUAACGUGUCAGUGAGGCCAGUAUAUAUGCAAUAACCUAUCAGAGGCACCAGAAAGCAUUCACGCUCUUAUUCUUAGGGAAGAUAGAAUUUAUUUUCCAGCUGUUCAACCCUUGUUACAGGACACAUUUGUCUACCUACCCCAUGUUUGGUAGAUACUUCAAGGGCAAAUGCUCUCCCAGGUUUACAGAGCACAUCACUUCAGCUGGUGCACGUUUUGGCCUAACUCCCAUUGCUGGGUAAUCUUUUCUGUUCCGUGAAUAAAACUUUCUAGCUGUUGCAAACA